AUGAGAGCCGUCGUCUCGUCCUUCAGGAGCAGCGGCCAACACUUGCGGCAAAACUCCUGUCCAGCGACUCGCGCAGGCCUCCAGCGACGCUGCACCAGCCCUCUGCGCCGGCCUGUCUGCCGCCCUCUGCGCUGGCCUGUGACCCUCAUCCAGCAUCGUCGGUUCCAGUCCGGCGUGGAAGAGCCGACCAUCUAUGCGCUGUCUACGGCGUCUGGAAAGGCUGCCAUAGCCGUCAUCCGGCUCUCGGGGCCGGCAUGUAGACAGAUCUACAAAGGACUCUGUCCUACCGCCGCCUUCCCAAAAACCCGCUAUGCCACUCUUCGCAAGCUCUACACCCCCCAUCUACCGCCGUCGCCCGCAACCCUGCUCGACUCGGGCGCCCUCGUCCUCUACUUUCCUAGUCCGAACACGGUGACGGGCGAGGACCUGCUGGAGCUGCACGUACAUGGAGGUCCUGCCAUCGUUCGCGCAGUACUGGCUGCCAUACCUCAGUGUGCGUGGCCUAGCGGGGAAUCUGCCGUGCCUUCCACCCUGCACUCGAUCCGCUACGCCGAGCCUGGAGAGUUUACCCGUCGCGCAUUCGCCAACCACCGUAUGGACCUGCCGCAGAUCGAGUCGCUGGGGGAGACAUUGUCUGCAUCGACCGAGCAGCAGCGCCACAUCUCCGUCCGGGGUACAACUUCGUCCCUGGCCGUGCGCUAUGAGCAGUGGCGCAUGCUGCUGCUUGCAGCCAGAGGAGAGCUAGAAGCCCUCAUCGACUUUUCUGAAGACCAACACUUCGACGACUCCCCGGCGCAACUCUGUGCAUCCGUUGCCAAUCAAGUCCAGCGUCUUCGUGCGCACAUGGAGGCACAUGUGGCCAAUGCAGUUCGAGGCGAGCUGCUGCGCAACGGCAUCAGCAUGGCUCUUCUUGGCGCCCCAAACGCUGGCAAGAGCAGUCUGCUCAACCGCAUCGUCGGACGGGAGGCUGCCAUUGUUUCACACGAAGCCGGCACAACUCGAGACAUUGUGGACGUCAGCGUCGACCUGGGUGGUUGGCUGGUCAAGAUUGGCGACAUGGCUGGCCUGCGCAGAGCAGGUCUGGUAGGGGCAGACGUCGUGGGUGCAGUCGAGCAGGAAGGCAUCAAACGUGCCAAACAACGAGCACUCGAGUCAGAUGUCCUGAUCCUAGUCCAAGACGCAACAGCCGAAAUGGAUCCUGAAGUCACCGAGACAGCGAAGCAGUGCGUCGAGCUAGGUGUCCAUGUCGUUGUUGCAAUCAACAAGAUCGACCAGCUCCCACUUAGGAAGGGGGCUGAGGGUGCGUGGAAAGCGAAGAUGGUUUCGACUCUCGGUGUCGCGGACGAGCGCAUCACCUUCAUCUCUUGCAGAGAGGCUACAGCAAUCAAUCUCAACAGGAGCGAUCCAGGAAACAUGCAGUCUUUCCUGGCCACCCUUAUGCGAGCAUUUCGCGACAUGACCGCCGCACUCGUCCCUGACUCCGACCCCGACCCCUCCAUCUGGCAAGAAUCACUAGGCGCGACUGAGCGACAGCGUAUCCUCCUCUCCGAAUGUAUCGUACACCUAGAGGCCUUUUUGACGGCUGUCACCCCGGAACUGACCGAGGAGCACUCAGCCUACGGGAUCGAACCAGAUGCUACGGACGACAUUGAUAUAGUGCUGGCUGCAGAGUCCCUCCGCAGUGCCGCCGAAGCACUAGCCAGAAUCACUGGGCGAGGAGAUGGAGGGGACGUGGAGGAAGUGCUAGGUGUUGUGUUUGACAAGUAA